GUAGCCAAACACGCCUUUAUCUGGAACGUGACCUAAUUCACAAAAUGACUGAAACUCAAGCCUUUGAUGAAUAAAAAUGUAUAGGCAAUUCCGUUGUCGCUGAUCGGCGAGCCCAAUCAUCUUCUCCUUCUCGCAAACGUAACCAUUUCACUCGUCUCAGUUUUGCAGCAAAAAAUGACGCGCAGCAAAAAGUCAACAAGGAAGGCCUCUCAAAACUUCCAGUCUAGUAGCAGGGCAAUAGAGAAAAGACUCAUCCAGAGACACAUGCAAAGGAUUCCUGCUACAUCAACGUGUGAUUAUGCUCCUGCCUAUCCAGAGUUUCGCCAUGGUAUCAUACAGGGAGAGUCGAUACCUUGCACUGAUCAGUUUCCUGGGUAUGUAUUCAUGUGCAAUGGGAAAACCAAAGCAGAUUGCUAUAAAUACAGAGUUUUUGGUCUUCCCUCGGCAAGGAUGGACAUGCUUAAAAAAAUAAAGCCACACAUGAGGCUUUUCUUGUAUGAUUUUGACAUGAAACUUCUUUAUGGUGUAUACGUUGCUGCCUCAGAUGGAAAAUUGGGAAUUGAACCAGCAGCUUUUGGAGGGCGAUUUUCUGCACAGGUGAGAUUUGAGAUUCUCAGGGAUUGCAUACCUUUGCCUGAAAGUGUUUUCAAGCCUGCAAUUGUUGAUAACUACAAUGGUGGUUCUAAGUUUAGACAAGAACUGAGCAGUAAACAGGUAGCUAAUCUGAUUUUACUAUUUCGCCCGGUAGCUGAGCUAUCUCCAGGAAUUUCUGGACCUCUGAUGCCAAACACUGUCCAGUCGGCUACGAUUAUUCCUAGAAGCAGUGAGCUACGAUCCCAAACUGCAUCUGAACUUUCUCAUGAAUACAACCAGUAUUUAGCUCGAUUAAAUCAUACUAAUGAGGGAGUAGCAAGUGCUAUUAGACAUGUUGAACCUGGACUAUCUCUAGCAAAUGCACCGCAUACCCUUAAUACAAACAGAGAUCUGCCACCUGAUCUAGUCUCGUCAUCUCAGUUUGGCGCGUCUAAUGCAGCAGAGGUUUAUCAAGCAUACCCUUUUGGUAAUCCAGUCCUGCACCACAGAUCCACUGGUAUGCCCUAUGAUACUGGGAGCUUGAUGCUGCACCAGUUGGCGCCUAGAAAUAAUCGCUAUAUGCAGGGAAAGACAGCUUCUUACUGGGUUCAGAUGGCUUCUGAGAACGAAAAAGGAGGUCAUUCGUCUUCUCCAGCAAGCACUGUUAUUGGUACUGAAAGUAUUGGUGCUUCUGAUGCAGUGAUAGGCCAAGCUCCCUCCACGGUGCAGGAGAUAAGUGAUAGAAGGACUGUACAGUCAACAAUAAAUGUACAUAAUAACAACCCCAAUGUACUUGCAGUUACCAAUGCUGACGCACAUCAUGCACCAGCAGAGCCAGUCACACAAUUACAUUCCGAAGCACCAUCACAUGACCAUGCACAUCUGCAUAGUUCGUCCUCUGGAUCUGUCUAUCGUGAAGUUCAAGCUCCCCAGGACCCUGGCCAUAUGUGUGCAGGUCCAGAUAGGGGACUUCCAUUGGCAGGCUCUGGUUUGGGAGCUAACAGUGUGUCCAUCUCUCUCUCCAAAACAGCUCCUGCUGCUGCACUUGGAACAAGUCAUACAGAAAGCAUUCUGCAAGUGGGUCAUGCACACAACUAUAACCCCGGGAUGUCAGUCGCAUCACCUAAUAUGCCUGUACAAGUACAUGCUCAGCUACUACAUCAGGUUCCAGUACAAGCACAUGGUCAACUGCAACAUCAGGUACAGGCACAAGCACAUGGUCAACUGCUACAUCAGGUACAGGUACAAGCACAUGGUCAACUGCUACAUCAGGUCCCAAUACAAGCACAUGGGCAAAUGCAACCUCAGGUCCCUGCACAAUCAAAUAGUUCUGCUCAUCCGUAUUAUGAGGACCCGGGUCAAGUCUACCAGUAUUAUGCUCAAAUGCCGUCAUCUGAUAACAGUGCUGUAUAUUGGGCAGGAGUAGCUCAUGAUCCAAACCAAGCAUACCAGUAUCCUCAUAUGCCAGCUUCUGGACACAGUGCUCCAUACUGGACAGGAGUCGCUUAUCAAGAUCCAGGUCAAGCUUACCAGGAUCCCCAUCUGCUGACAUAUGGACAAACUGGUUCAUACAAUCACAAUGCAGCAGUAAAUGAUCCCUCCUUGCAAGGACAAGUUUACAAUGCUGCAUACGGCACCGCAGCAUCACACAUGCCAAUGAUGCCGUCCUCGACCUAGAAGACAGAGUAAUGACGAAGUUAAAAUGUGAAGAACACAUGGCGAGGUGUGUUGUCACAUCAAAUUGUGGUAUCAUUAGAUUGGUUUUAUAGGGCAGAUUUGCUAGACUUGGAGGGAUUCUUACCUUGCACCUGGUAAAUAUUGCCUUCCAAGCACUUGUAACUACUUAAUUUUUUCAUUUUGUUUUUUGGGAGGCAAUCCUAAUCAUGAUAUGCCUAUUAGCAAUUGUUAUAGCUUAUUUUGCAUCCUUCAAAUUUCAAUAUUCAAAUUCUCUAA